AGGCGGCGCCUGGGAAUUGGCCACCUGCCCGCCCUCCCCGCCCAAGAUGGGUGGUGUCUCUUCAGAGCAGACAGUACUUUGGGGACCUGAGUAUGGUUGGUGCUACCCGCGCCAAGGAGCAGUGGCCCAUCAUUGAGCAGUUAUCUGGACCCAGGGACCAAGGUUCUCACGCCCUCCUAAUUUAUGUUUGCCAAUGUGACUGCUCACAAAACCCAAAGCAAUGGACCUUCUGCACAGGAUAGGCAGCGCGACUGGCCACUGAAUCCUUUCAAGUCCCCACUGGAUGACUAUGGAGUGGCAGCUUAGAAAAACGUCUCAUGGGCACAAAUUUGUUACUUUUGCUACCACAGGAAUGCUAGGCAAGGACUUUAUUGUGGAGAUAACCCCCCUUACCCUCCACCCGCCAGCUUACUGGGGGAAAUACUACAGUACAAUCAAUAAAACUGAGUUUUAAAACAAUACCAGGAUGUGGUGGUGGCAUAUGCCUUUAAUCUCAGCAUUUGGAAGGCAGGUAUCGCUGUGAGUUUGGGUCUAGCCUGGUCUAUAUAUUAAGUUCCAGACUAGUCAGGGAUCACAGUAAAUCCGCCCCCCUCUCAAAAAAAAAGCCUCUUGUGAUGCCCACAUAAUACCAUCACUUGAGAGACGGAGGCAGGAGAUUGUUGUGACUUCAAGGCCAGCCUAGGUUACAUAGUGAGUUUGAGGUUAGUGUGGGCUGCACGAGACUAUAUUGUUUUAAAUGGAGGGGGCCGAUAAAAGAUAAUCUCUGAGGCUUCCUGGACGCUAACCUAGGCGAAAAAUGUGACCCCAGGUUCAAUAAUAGACCUUGCUUCUAAAUGAUGGCACAGAAUGAUGGACGCGGACACUCAAUGCCCUUUUCUUGCCUCUGCGUGUGCCUUCAGAAGCGUGUAUAACCGGAUUCACACUGGGUGGGGGAGGGAGAGGGAGAGAUAAUAAGUAAAAGGGUUCCGCCAGCCUAGGCCUUGAGUGGCUUCAGGUAAUGGUGCUGCGCAGCUCAUGUCACCUAUAGACACUAGAAUUAGGGAACCAAAGAGACUCGUAGCUUCCGGCGGUCUCCAGCCAAGACCCUGACGGGAAGGAGGCGGGGCGAGACUGGCGUAGACCUGCCCCCAGCAGCCGUCAAGCGACCUAGGCGUGUUUUGCGACAACAGGCGGGGAGCCUUUUCCGGCGGGUAUGCGGACCCUGAGGCCCCCCCAAGGCAAGUUCUCUUAGUACGUAUGGCUCCCCACAGCAACCCUGGCUCCUGGCCAUAGCGGCGGCGCUUCUCUGUUUAGAGAGCGGUGCUAAGGAGGCCCUGAGCUGCCCCAUUAGGUGACCUUAGUCUAGCCCCCUGCUAGCCUGACCUUAGUCUAGUCCCCUGCUAGUGUGUCUGAGAUCUCUCUCCUGAGCGGUGGAGGACACGGGCUGGCCCGGGGCAGGAGAAGCUCCGGGCAGCAGGGUCGGGACCGGAGGAGAUGCCCCUCCACGUGAAGUGGCCGUUCCCCGCGGUGCCCCGGCUCACCUGGACCAUAGCCAGCAGUGUCGUCAUGGGCCUGGUGGGCACCUACAGCUGCUUCUGGACCAGUGGAGAUGAGCAAGAGCUUGAGCCUGACUUCUCUUCCCAGAGUACAUGAACCAACUCACCGUGCACAACAAAGAAGUGUUGUAUGAGCUCAUUGAGAACCGAGGCCCUGCCACACCCCUUAUCACCGUCUCCAACCACCAAUCCUGCAUGGAUGACCCUCAUCUAUGGGGAAUCCUGAAACUCCGCCACAUCUGGAACCUGAAGUUGAUGCGUUGGACCCCUGCAGCUGCAGACAUCUGCUUCACCAAGGAGCUACACUCUCAUUUCUUCAGCUUGGGCAAAUGUGUGCCUGUGUGUCGAGGAGAUGGUGUCUACCAGAAAGGGAUGGACUUCAUUUUGGAGAAGCUUAACCAUGGGGACUGGGUACACAUCUUUCCAGAAGGGAAAGUAAACAUGAGUUCUGAGUUCCUGCGCUUCAAAUGGGUAGGAAUUGGACGGCUGAUUGCUGAGUGUCAUCUAAACCCCAUCAUCCUGCCACUAUGGCAUGUUGGAAUGAAUGAUGUCCUCCCUAAUAGCCCACCCUACUUCCCCCGAUUUGGACAGAAAAUCACCGUGCUGAUCGGGAAGCCCUUCAGUGCACUCCCUGUGCUUGAGCGGCUCCGGGCAGAAAACAAGUCAGCUGUGAGUUUCCACCCAAGGUCCCCUAGCUGUCCUUGGCCUUCCCAGCCCCUCAGACUCCCAGGGUACCUCAGCCAUGGUCCCUGGGGAGUGCAGGCCAGCACCAUCCUUGCUCUCAGGUGGAGAUUCGGAAAGCCCUCACAGACUUCAUUCAAGAGGAAUUCCAGCGGCUGAAGAUGCAGGCGGAACAGCUCCACAACCAUUUCCAGCCUGGAAGAUAGGUUUUGCCUGCCCAGUCUGUGCCCUGAAGUCCUUAGCCAAGGGAGCACUGGAUCCUCCAGGGUUUGGGAAGAGGUGGUGCAGGACCCUGCCCAACCCUACUUGGCUCUGUACUGCCUUUGAGAUUCUUCUCUGCACAAAACUGAGGCUGGAAGAUGAACUCAUGGUUUUAACUCAGAUAGAUUGGCUCAUAAUCCCUGCUGGAUACUCUUUUUUUUGUUGUUUUGUUUUGAGACAGGGUUUCUCUAUGUAGCCCUGGCUCUCCUAGAACUUACUCUGUAGACCAGGUUGGCCUUGAACUCAUAGUGAUCCAUCUGCCUGUGCCUCCCAAGAGCUGGGAUUAAAGGUGUGUGCCACCAUUGCUUGGCCUGGAUACCCUUUCUUAUCCUCAAGCAUCUGGCUCCUCUGGGUCUCCUGGACUAAAAGAAGAGCUUUGGCUGUCCCUCACACUUGGCAGAGAAGGGAGGAAGACUCUUAGGCAGGGGCUGGCCUCCUUCUCACAUCUCUCAGGGGCUAGCAUUGGAAGGGAGCAAAGCAGGCAGUUGCGAAACUAGUAGGAGAAUAUGUGUCCUGCCCAUAGAUGCAGAAAGAGGACCCAAAUGGCCCCUUGGAUGGACUACCACUUGCCUACCCUUUCCCAGGAACUUCUCACAAUCUCCUUAGGGAUGGCUGUCAGCCAGGUCAGUCUUCUACCUGAGCUUCUCCUGCUGCAAGGUUUGUCCUUGGGUGGUCUCCAGACAAGAGCAAGUCUUGGCCAGGAUUCAAGCCUAGCUAAACUUAACUAGAUGUUUUUGCUAGAUUGCAGAAAAAGGGCCCCCAAGACCUGACUGUGAAUCCCCCAAUGUCAGGGCCUACCCACUUCUCUAACCUUUUUGCCUUGACAUUCCCUAUGUCCUGAGGUCUGGGUUUUCGUGUUUUUAGAGUAAUAAAAUAUUUGUGUUAUGCCACUA